CUGAAAUUUGAUUGGUUAUAUUUUAACGUGGGUUCGAAAUUUAAAAAUGGUUGACAGCUUGCCUGGACACGAUAUUUUUUACCAAACUAGUAGUAAACAAUGAUUUUCAAAUUCAUUAUAGACAUUUUCCACAUAGUAAAAGAUGUGUGACCGGGAAAAAGAAUCAACAGAGAAUGUUUUAAAAGCUGCACCAGCCAGUUCUGAGCCAUUGCAUUCACAUGGCCAGAUACAGAAAAUCUCUCAAGAUGGCAGCAAGAGCACUUACAUGAUCAUUUUGAGUAAAGACUGUUUCAAGGAAGCUGGGUUUAGUGAUUUGGUCACAAGAAGAAAAUAUAAACCAUUAGAUUCAUCUGAAGAUGUGAAACUGAACCUGUCCAAUAUUGAUGAUGAGGAAUAUGACAGCAACAGAAGCGCUAGUAGUGUAUUUCUAAAACAGGAGUCGGGUUUCUUUGAACAAGACUCUGCCAUAGACAUUGAUCCUCUAGAUCCCUCUCUGUGUGAAAAGAGCACAAUGAAUACUUACAUUAUACCUUCUCCUCUUUCCACCAAACAGACAAAGAAGCCAUGCCAUGAUCAGCACACAUUUCCUGUGAUUUGUCAAGAUGGGUCUUUAAAUCCUGAGGCUGAGUCUAAUGAAAGACCUUCUACUGCAAGGAAAAUUGUGCUUGUGACUCCAACAACAGCUGAUGGUGGAAGCAGAAGUAUCUUAAAGAAAUCUGUUGCUUACACAAAUGAUGCUGUACCUGUGAUAAACAAAGGGAACAAUCCAUUCCACACACCAGCUUCUUUACUUCUAAAGAACAACCCUAAAGCAGUUCCAACAUUUAGCAAUAUUUCACCAAUAAAUCAACAAUUCAUUAAGCCAUCAAACAGUACAUUUGUCCCCAUAACUCCUGCAGGAUCAUACAAUCGAGGUGCUACCCCUUCAGGACCAUAUACUUCAACACCCCUAAGCAGUGAUGGAUCAUACCGUACACAGCAUACCAGACAUGAGUCUAGUUCUCACCGACCAGUGUACAUCAUCCCUUCUCCUUUCACAAGACAGAACAAAAGUGCUCCGAAACAGACUUGUGAAACACAUUCUCUUUUAAAUGAUGUUUGUCAAACACCAAGUUUAAACAACAGCUCAGGUUUUAUAAGUGGAAGUAGUAGCCUCGAAACUCCUGAUGCUUCACUUUCUUUCAAUGAUAAAACCUCAGGCUAUAGGGCUAGUCCAAUGGAUUUUCAGAGCAGCAUUGGUAAGACUGCACGCAUUGUAGAGCUUGACGAUGGUUCAGGGGGAGUUGUGGUCAGUCUGGAUGAUGAUGUAGAUGACCUGGACCUCGGGAUCGAGUCUAUGACCAGCUCACAGGAGUCCACUGAUACUGCAGAAAAAGGUUCAGUGUUAAACAAGUCCCUGACGAACAUGCAGUGGUUGAAAGGCAUGCAGUUAAAGGAGGAACAGGCAAGCCAGAAUCAAACCAACCCUUACCAGAACGUACAGUGGACUACACUCACUCCAGAAGAAAUCUCAAAGAUCUGUAACGAAUACACUGCCGACAAGCGUCCACCGUUCGCCUACAUGGUUCUGAUUCAGAUGGCUCUGUGCAGUCGUCCUGAUCGCAGAAUGAUGCUCAAGGAGAUCUGCAAAUGGAUCGAGGAUACAUUUCCAUACUAUAAAUUCACUGCCAAGAGAGGAUGGAAGAACUCAAUACGCCACAACCUGUCCUUGUACAAUAUAUUUGAGAGGGAGACAGGCAAGAGACAUGGCUCAUACUGGACAAUCAAGUCCAACCUGGAACCCAAAACAAAGUCCUACCAGAAGUCAAAGCAUAAUCACCAUGAGCUACCAGAGGUCCACCGUUCGAUGCCCACUCUACCGUCGCAGAUCCCGUUGAUCCCCCUGCAGACGUCAGGGGGCCAGUUGUCUGCCGUCACCCCGCAGGCCUUCCACCAGUCAUUGCAUCUCCCAACCACUGCCAAUAAUAGCAGGAAGAAAGGUCCCACCCCAAUCCUGCCUCGUCCUACUCCAGCAAGCCAGCCCCAGGCCUAUGCUCUGAUCCCCCUGGGCCAUGUCAACCCCUCGUUCAGUGUGACCAGCCCAACCCCGCCUUCCAUGUACUUUAUGGGUGGCUCUGGACACCAGUCAGCCUGCCCAAGCCCCAUCAUCUCAGAGGUGUCAGCAGCUGUGGCCUCCAUCCAUAUGUCGAGUGCCAGUCCCAUCCCUACUGAUCAGCUGGGAGACACUAGCCAGGUUAGCCAGGAGCACAUCUACACAAAGAAGGCCUCCUCCAACAUCCUCAAGCAGGCCUGGAUCAAGUGCCAGACUGCAGAGUCUACUGCCUCGUCUGUGGACAGUGAGGUUGCGGGGUCUAGUGAGGUGACCAGUUCAGCAGAGGUGGCAAGCUCCAGCGAAUUUAGUGGAAAUCGUGCCAAAUCAAAGCGACCACGAGUUAAACCAGGCUUACCUAAGCCGACUCUUUAUAAGAAAGGAAGAGAAGACAAAGCAGAAACUAAAUUACCAGGCUCAAAGAGGAGGAAACUGCAACAGAAGGUUCGUGAGCUUGCAAAUGAGAGCUCUGAUGAAGAGGAUGAUGGUUCCAAGUUCAUCUCAGAAUUGGAAAAAGAAAUGUUUUCCGCUCCGUAUGAUUCAAUGGAGACUGGAGUGAUGGACGAAAUAUUGAAUACCUCAACUCCUGCUCCAAACAAGCGUCGCACAAAGGAAGAACUUCCCUCACCCAUACAUGCUUUUACACCAGUCAGGGGCUCUACACUGUUUGAUGGGAGUUUCUUAGAUUCUUUGGGAGACAAAAAGAUUCUAGGACUCUCACUUGACUACAGUGAAAUGAAAGGUUCUGGGUCUAAUACACCAAGACUUGGUAAUAGCCCUAAUUCUUCGCUUCUAGAUUUUAAUGUAUUACCAUUUGUUUCCCCUGACAAAUUAAAUGAUUCAUGUGAUCAGCCCGUGAAUCUCAGCAACCACAACCUGUCCCGAAUCCUCAGUGAAUGUGGCCUUGACCCCAAUGAUAAUCCAGAACAUUUCCCUAAUCUCAACUGGAGUGUCGUUCAGCAAAUGGUUGACAGCAUGGAUACUACCUAAAUUUCCAAUACUAGUAUAUGUAAAGCUGGUUGUGUUACAUGGUUGUGUGUGAUGGAACAAAUUUGUUUGCCUGAUUUAUUUAUUAGAGCACAAAAGGGGUUAUGACUGGGGAGUCUGUUCUGUAAUUCAGUGCAAAUUUUAUGAGGCUACAAUUAAUAUAUAGUUUUGUUUGGUGUUUCCCAACAGACCCAAGAAAUACCCUCAACCUGAUUUUUUUAGCCUAUCUUGUGGUCAACCUCUUUGUUUAAAUCAGGAUAUAUUCUUCAAAGGAAUUUAAAAAAAAAACUACACCACCCACACCUUAAAAUGUGGUCAUGUACAUGCCAAACAAACUUCAUAUUGAUUUUGUCCCUAAUGUUGUUUUUUUUUGUAUGUGAAAUUUAUGUUUUGACUCUGUGUUGCAUAGUUUAGUCAGAAGAGCUUUUAAGAAAAGGUCUUAUCUUUUAUAAUAUUGUAAGUGCAAUCAAUUAAAUUGAUUAGCAUCUAUACAAGUAUUAAAAAUUCUACAAAUGAAUUAAAUUAUACAACUGUGCAACACUUAGCUUUUCGAUGUAUAUUUGUUUUGUGUCAUAAAACUGUUCUUUGUAGUUUUCAUUAAAAAAGGGAAAUUAAGAAAAUGAAAAUUGUACUUGCAUGCUGUACUAUUGAUGUCAGCCUUUAUCUGUGAUAUUUUUAUUGUUAGCAGGAUUUUGCUUGAUCCAUAUGUAUUAGAUUGACAAAAUAUUGUUGACCAAUAUUUGUCUAUGAAAUGCUUAAGAAAACAGUCAAUUUCUUUAAAAAAAAGCCCAUUUCUGAAAAUUAUUUCUCUGUUAUCUGAUCAGAAUAUGAAUGUUUAAUGUUUUGUACGGAACUGUGCUGAAGUGUUAAUUUGUUUGGUGUUAUUUUCAGGGUAAAUAUACUGCCAGAUUUGGAUUUGCUUAUUAGGGUUUGUGCACUGUGUGAUCAGUAACUGCAUUGGGUUUGUUCUGUCUGCCUUAUUUCAUGGUCCAACAUGGCCACAGGUGCGCAUACAUCCAUAGAUGACAGUAUCAGAGAUGGUUAUGUUUCCACCGUUUCUUGCUGGAAUUGCCACCUAUGGGUACAUCUCAUUCUGUUUCAGAAGUAUAGCAUUACCAUGUUGUGAAACAAGAACUUUUUGUAUGCCAUACUUUUUUUUAACUCAUAUAUACAUUGUUAUCAGAUUAUAGAUUAAAAAUGAGCAUAAAAAGGUAUGAAACAAAUUGAUAAAUGGUAGAUAUAAACAUGACCUUAAUGUGGCAAAUGGCUUGUUUGAAGUGCAAUAUGUAUCUCAAGUGUGCAUCAUUUACAUGUAUAUGUACAUUUAGAGGAAGUUUUUAUUGUUAACUUACAGCUUUCUAAACUACAAAUCUCUACAUGUAUGUAUGUUUUUAAGGGUUCCGGUUGUUGUGGAUAAAAUUAAGAACUAAUAAGGGUAUAAGAAUAGAUUUGUCAUAAACAUGGGCACAUUUAUUUAAAAGAAAAUUUUAUUUUGAAUGUGUCCAUGGUUUUAAUGUUGAUAUCAAAGACAUCACAGCAGCAAAAACGAUCUGUCAAAAAACAGCUGCUGAACUUCUAACUUUGUUAUACCAUUUUUUUUUCAGCAGAUUAAUUUCCUUGUUUUCUUGAUGUAAAUAGAAACAGUGACAACCCUUCAGAUAUUUACAGAUAGUGACAGUCAUAGUCGAUAGACAGUUUAAACAUUUACUUUAUAAAGCUUUAUUCUCAAAGACAAGACUUUAAAUAACUGUUACCAAAUAAAUGUUAUAUAUAGAUUUAAUAAACAUAAGAAAGUGUUA